CUUUAGACCGUCAUCUAAAAAGUCCAUAAGUUACUAGAUAAAUAAAAAGAGGAUUUAUUAAACAAUUGUCCCAAAAUGCACAAUAGGUGAAUCUUUUUGGAGCUAGUGGUUCCCUCUUUAAUGGGCGCAACGCAGUGUGAAUUCGAAUUAAUCGGGUCGGAUCUCCAAAACAGAUAUCGAACGCCGGAUGAAAAACAAAAUAAUAAUAAAAAAAAAAAGAUAUGGCUAAUAGACAAACGUUGACCACGAACACUAGAAUGGUCCAAAACACACAAAAACCCCUAAAGAAUCGCCACAAAAUUUGCAUCCAUGCAUGCAAAAAACUCAAACAAAACUAACAUACACAUAUUAUUUCCGAGUUUCUCCUCCUCCUUUUUGAUGCCAUUGCCAAUCUCCACCACCAUCUCCUCCUCGUCGCCGCCACUGACGGCGGCAAUAAUUCAACAAUGGACCCCACCAACAACAAUAUCCCUACACCAGAAUCUUCCUCUCUCUCUUAUCAACCUUCACUUAAUAAUAAUUUUGCCCCUAGCAAUAAUUGUCACAUUCUUGAAAUUAGCCUCAUUUCUGCCCAAGAUUUAGCGCCUGUAUCCAAAUCUCUACGUACUUAUGCCCUCACAUGGAUCAAUCCUAAUAGAAAAAGAAGCACAAGAAUUGAUAAUGAAGGUCACAACAACCCGACAUGGAAUGACAAGUUCUCCUUCAAGGUCAAUGAUGAGUUCCUAUAUGCAGAGGAUUCUGCAGUCCAUGUUGAAAUUUACACUGUUUCUUGGUUUAGAGAUGUGCUAGUUGGUACAAUUCAUGUUCUAUUAAACAAUCUCAUCAACCCUUUUGUUAAAUUCCAAAAUGCAAAUGGAAAAAGAUUUGUUGCUUUGCAAAUUAGAAAGCCAUCAGGAAUUCCACAAGGAAUUCUCAACAUGGGAGUGACUAUUCUUGAAAGUUCUAUGAGAAGUAUGCCACUAGUUUGCAAGGACAUUAUGAACCCUUCUUCUUUGGAUUAUAGGGAUAUAUUGGACAAGAAAAUGAAUGAAAAUUAUCAAGAAGUUGAUGAUAACAAACAAAAGGAAAUAAAUGACAAAGUACAUUUAUGGAGAUCUUUUAGUUUAGGGUAUUCGGAGGUUAAUAAUGAAGAUUUCCCUAACAAAGGCGGCUCCAUUUGUAAUGGUUCAAUGGCGAACGGCUCUAUGUUAAAUGGUUCGGAGUUAUGCUCGGAUGUCGGUCCCUCAGCUUCCAUCAUUGCAGCUGAGAUAGCUGCUAAAAGAUACCAACUACCAUCACAACCAGCACGACUACCAGAGCCACCACUACAAGAAGUGCAAAACCAACCAAAGGAAAUAGAGGAUGGAGAAAGCCCAAUAAUAUUAGAGGAUUUGACAGCAGAGGAAGCAUAUGCAAAAGGGUUAACAUCAUCAAGUAGGGAGAAAUGGAGGAAGGAGACGGCGGCGGCGCAAUCACAGGCGGUGAUCAGCGGACAUUCACGGCGAAAUUCCGAGGGAGGAGGGUUGUUUUCUUGCUUUGGAAAUGCAUAUGGUAUUGAAUUCAGAAUUGUUUGUGGAGGGAACAAUAACAACAACAACAAUAAUCCUGGGAGUUAUAGUAGGAUUCCUAACACUAGCAACAAAGGUAGGAAAAAAUGGUCUAGUGAGACAAAUUCAGCAUGAGAAAACAACCUUAUUUUAGUACCUGUAAAAUGUUACAGACUAAAUUUAAUGUUGUUCAACAUCUUAUGAGUUCUUGUCCCAUAGGGGGCUAAUUUUAUUUGUAGUAAUUCUUUUUGCAAUGAAUCUGUUGUUUUUGUCUAAAAUUUGUACAGUUAAUUAAUACUUUAUCUGUUUUAUGCCCAGGAUUAACAUCGGACUUAAAAGAGAUAAAUUG